CAUAAAACUACGAGAAAACCGGCUGUAGAUUUUGGUGUUAGAAAGAUGCAUAGCAAGGUUGUCAUUAUCGGUUCAGGGCCUGCUGCCCACACAGCUGCUGUCUACUUGGCACGAGCUGAAUUGAAGCCCGUUCUCUAUGAGGGCUUCAUGGCCAAUGGUAUUGCUGCUGGUGGCCAAUUGACCACUACCACCGAGGUUGAGAACUUCCCCGGUUUCCCCAAGGGUAUCAUGGGCGGAGAGUUGAUGGACAACAUGAGAGCCCAGUCCGAGCGCUUCGGCACAGAAAUUGUCACCGACACCGUCACCACCCUCGAUCUCUCCUCUCGACCCUUCAAGUACAGCACCGAGUUCUCCCCCGAGGAGACACACACCGCCGACUCCGUUAUCAUCGCCACCGGCGCCUCGGCUCGCCGUCUCAACCUCCCUGGUGAGGACAAGUACUGGCAGAAUGGUGUCUCCGCCUGCGCUGUCUGUGACGGAGCCGUCCCCAUCUUCCGCAACAAGCCCCUCUUCGUUAUCGGCGGUGGUGAUUCUGCCGCCGAGGAGGCUACUUUCCUCACCAAGUAUGCAAGCCACGUUACUGUCCUCGUCCGCCGCGAUGUCCUCCGUGCCAGCCGAACCAUGGCCAACCGUCUCCUCAACCACCCCAAGGUCACAGUCAAGUUCAACAGCGGCGCGACCGAAAUCCGAGGUGGUGAGGAUGGUCUCAUGAGCCAUCUCGUUGUCAAGAACAACAAAACCGGAGAGGAGGAGGUCCACGAGGCCAAUGGUCUCUUCUACGCCAUCGGUCACGACCCCGCCACUACCCUUGUCAAGGGCCAGGUUGACAUGGACGAGGAUGGCUACAUCAAGACUGUCCCUGGCACUACGCACACCAACGUCGAGGGUGUCUUUGCCGCUGGUGACGUCCAGGACAAGCGAUACCGACAGGCCAUUACCAGUGCCGGUACUGGAUGCAUGGCUGCUCUCGAGGCCGAAAAGUUCCUCGCCGACCAUGAGGAUGACCAGCGAGCAGACGACCGACCCAACCCCAACUAAAAAAAGAAAUAGACAUAGACACCUAAAAAUCAUAAAACAUAUAGACCUGCGCCAUUUUAGACGGGAUAUAGAUAUCUACAUAAAGAGAAGGAGCAGUCAAGACUUUCAAUUUAAU